UCCUGUGAGUGAGUGGAGCCAUGUCAGCCAUAUGGGACAAAAUGUGUGAAGUAUUCACGUUGCUGGUUCGGCCGACGCGUCGCAAGACCCGAGUCACAUUCAGUCCAAGCACCCUACAUCGUGAAAUCAUUCGACACACCAAACUAUCGGCUUCCACUAAUCCGUUUUUCAACUUCCUAGCCGAAGUGCGUAUGAAAGCCAAUGGUGGGGAAUUAAUGCACCCUGGCUGUGGUUCGAUGUCGCCGCGGGAAAGUGCUCGCAUCGCCAAGACAGCAGGCCGUUUAUGGAAUUCUAUGAGUGAUGAACAAAAGCAACCAUAUCGGAGCAUUGCAAUGGAGCAGCGAAAACUGAAAAGGCUGCGGCGAAGGCGUUCCUACUUAUCUGCACGCAGGCGAAGGGAACGCAAAACGCCAGUAGAGUGUAAAUUUCUUUUACCGCCUCAGCCCACCCAUCAAGAACAUCUAUAAAUGUGGCUUCUGAGGAUUGCGAUUGUGUUGUUGACGCCUUCCGGACAGUGCGGAUGGUGCGGAUAUCUAAAUUGUGUGCAAAUUUAAUGUUGAUAUUGUCUCCAAUCUCAUAAAGAUUUUAUAGUCUGGUAACAUUUCUAUACUGCUCUGCUUACGUUACCUUGUUAUUCCACAAGAGGGGCAAAGCAAUUCAUUAAAAACAUUUCAAUUUUAUUUUAACGUCUAAAGAAAUAAAAAGUUUCAUUAGCCGACGAAA